AGCUGUUCCAAGGUUCAAUGAAAUUCGAUUUUUGAGCCCUUGGAAACGCCCUCCCGAAGCGCGACCCAGUGCCGUGUGCCGAUUCGGGCUUGAUUCCGGGCUGACUGCGACCCCGCCCAAUCCCCCAAGGCUGUCCUCUGCGAUAUCGGUGGCAGCAUCCGGGCUCAAGCUCAAGAACAUCACGCAGAAUGCUCUCUAUGUCCCCGACCACACCAGUAGCCCACAGCGCCCAGCUCUCAUAUGGCAACAGUCCGACGAGCGCACGCUCGCAUGGCUUCAAGCGCCCCGCGUCGAGCGACGAUGAGCCAGAGCAUGGUGACGACGCGAACGGGCGUGCGUCACAAGCCAGACGGCAUGCUGCCGUGAAGCGGGCGUGCAACGAGUGUCGACAGCAGAAGCUCAAAUGCAACGUCCAGCAGGAUCCCUUCCAGAGCUGCGCGCGCUGCACCAAGCAGAACCUCAAGUGCGUCAUUGAGCCCAACUUUAAGCGCGUGGGCAAGCGCAAUCGCAACGCCGAAAUGGAGAAGGAGAUGAUGGGAUUAAGAGAGCGAUUGGCGCACUAUGAAGAGCGAGUCGCCCACUAUGAGGGUAGAGCUCCUGUCCCCAUCCAGCCCACACUGCACACGCCGCAGCACCCCGCGGACGGCCACGCGUUUGGGACUGGCCCCAUUCACCAAGACGAAGACGAUGCAUAUCUGCAGUCCCAGCACCAGCAGGUUGCUGCUACGUCGCUGCUAGAUCUGCGUAGUGGAUCUCCCAUGUUCCAUGCCUUGGGAGAGGUGAAGCUGGGGCCAUCCCAGGUCACUGAACUCUUCGACGACUACUACCAGUUCUAUCAUCCAUUUCUCCCGUUCCUUGACCCUAUGCGUUCCCCAGAUGAGAUCUGCUCCAAAGACUCCAAGCUACUAUUCUGGGCCAUUAUUAGCGUCGCAGCCCGCCAUUAUCAAGAUACUGGGUUGCUCAAACGGCUGAAGGAGCCCUUAACCAACCUAAUAUGGCAGACUAUUAGGACUCAGCCAAAUCAUCAUGUCGUCAAGGCUUUAUGUUUGCUCUGCACAUGGCCGCUUCCCGCGCGGACGACUGUCACGGAUCCAACCUUCACUCUUAGUGGGGUCAUGAUGCAAAUUGCCAUGCAGAUUGGCUUGCAUCGACCAACGCACCCGCAGGACUUUUCGAGAACUAAGGUGCGAGUUCGCCCAGAAGACAUCAAUGACAGAUUGAGGACUUGGGCUGUCUGCAACAUUGUCGCUCAGACCGUAUCAACUGGGUAUGGCCAGCCGUCCAUCACCCUAUACGACUCCACCCUGGAGUUUAGGAUGGACGACGAAGACCACAUGAAGAUCAUUCCGCCGAAUCUCUUCGUUCGUCUGCGCCAAGAAAUGGCUGCCAGCCGCAUCAAUAAGCUCCUAUAUUCAUCGAAUAGCGAUCGGUUUUCCAACAACUCCGGUACGACGUACAUGAAUCUUGAAGCUGACCGUUUGAAAGAGGAAAGGGGGCUCCUUGACGGAGUGGAUCGAGAACUGGAAGACCUCCAUCAUCGUGCAGUAACGCUACAUCUACAUCUGUAUUCCUGGUUCAACACUCAACCUCGACUCGAGAUGCGAGAUGACCUCGUCUCCUUAUACUAUGCCGCUACCGGUUUCCUCGAGAAUAUCUUUAAGCUGCAGAAGGAAGAUCGACUCAAAUAUGUGCCGUAUUAUCUUAUGCAGAUGGCUCUUGCUGCAGGAUUUACUCUUCUUAAGCUUCUUAACUCCGACUUUGCGGCGAGAUUAAACUUCGAGCAAGGACGCUCGUUCGUGCUGCAGACCAUUGAUGCGGUGCGGAAAUCCAAAGUCAUGCCAAACGAUCUGUUAGAUCGCCACGGUGAAGUCUUUGCACAGCUUUGGAAAGAGAGCUCGCGCGGUAGAAGCCUCCACAGCAUGUCGCAAUCUCCCAUAGUCGGAAAUCCGAGUAUGGCGACGAUGUUCAACACUCAAGUCCAACCGCCACAACAACCACAAGGCCACCAGCGUAGAGAGAGUGCAAGCAUUCUCGAAGAUCCACUCCGCCUCAUAAUACGCAGCCGAAUGAGUAUGAGCGUAGUGUUUGACUGUGUGUUCCGUUGGCGCGAGUCCCAGCUUAGUGGGACAUCGGCAUCGGAGCAACUCGAUGCAACGGUUGUCAACAACCCAACCAAUCCCGAUAGUUCAACCAACUCGACACCUCCCCCGGGUGCGAUUAUCGAAAACCCAGCUCAUGGUCUCCCCAACUUCAAUCCACAUCUCAACACCCUAAGCAUGCCGCUGCAGCUACCGAAUGGGCUGGCAAGCGCAAACAGUUUUGAAAUCUUCGACCCUGUCAGCUGGAUGCUAGAAUCGCAGAAUGAGUGGAAUCCCCAAUAUAACCCUGGAGCAUUUUCUCAUGAUUUUGGUGCUUAAAUCCGAAGGAUAUUAUGCCUUCUUGCCCAAAUUGCAUGAUGUCGAAUUACCCAACACUUGAGAAGCUCAACAGGAGCUA